AUGCCAGACAUUGCUCGACACCAGCGUUACAUCAAGGUCACCAAGUCUAGUUCGCGGACACCGUGGCGCCAUCGCAUCAAACGCAAAGCACGUCUCCGCACGCAAGCUGAGAAGAAGGUGCUUGCUGAGAAAUGCAGGGCUAAUAAAUGCGCAUAUAAGGAUGCCCUUGCGGAUUCUCAGGAUAUGGUUAUGCAAGAGGCUGUCAAAUUACAUGAAGAAUUUCCUCACAGGACAGUUGAAUAUCAUUUCGAAGCAAUUUUACAACGGACGCACACCAAGCAGAAGAGCCGAAAAGCAACCCGUUGGAAUGCAUUUCUUCGUUCUGAGGUCAAGGCGAUGAACGCAGCGCGAGCACCCGAUGAACCUCGUGUCAAGGCUACCCAGGCUGGGCGUGAUAUUGCUGCGAAAUGGAAUGCUAUGUCACAGCAAGAGAAGAUUGACGCAACUGAAGGCCUCAUGGAAGACUUAGAAGAUCAUCGCAAUAAUAAGGCUUUAGCAAGUCACAAUGUCCCCAUCAAUGCCUUCCAUGAUAUUCGCGCUACAUUGGAUUCCGCAACACAAAUGCUCGCUACUCUCUCCGCCAGGACCGGGUGUCAUACUGCCCUCAUCACUGUUCGAGGUGACCUGGACCAUUAUAACCGUCCUUAUGUCUACCUUUCGGAUGAUCGUGUUGGGGACUUCUUCCAGCUUGCUCUCAAAGAGACACCCUCCAACUUCGCAACACGUCUCGAAGGUUACUGUACAUCUGGCGUCACCGGUGUUGUUUCUAACUACAAGCAGAGUUUCCUUCAACUCAAGAGCAAGACAUCAGCGCUUAUCCUGGAAAAGCUCCGUGAGGCGGCUCAGGUACCUGUCUCCAGGAUGUACUAUGUCAACUUCGACGAGAACAUUACCGCGCAACAUGGAGUGGUUCUUGAAAACUGGCCACUGAAAAAAUUUGCAAGUCCCGGGGACAUCGGCUCAAUGGUAGAGGUCAAGACUGUGUACAAUGCAUUUAUGACAGGCGCAACAAAAUUUCGCAAGUUUACAGCUGCCGAGUGGCGAGAUUGGGAAGAGACCAGAUUCAACAUGACCUUGGAGCGCAGUGCAGAAGAUGAUACAGACGAAGGCGGGAAUGCACUGGCAGAUGAGGGUGGGAAUGCACUGGUAGAUGAAGGCGGGAUUAACACGAACAUCGAUCCAUUCCUCUUGUCUAUCUCGCAGCCAGUGAACACUGAGUCCCAGUCUGUACCUACAACAAGAGAGUCUGCACCUAUCCGAAGGAAACGAGGCCACGAGCAAGUAGAAGGUGGUUUUGGGCAUGUCAUUUCGGGUAUUUCGGGCAUGGGAGGGGACGAGGUAUCUGUCACUAAGAAAUCCCGCAAGACACGCUCAGAUAAAGGGAAAAAGCGAGGACCGAAACAGCGCGCUAAUCAGUCCGGACAGGCUGCUUCAAGUUGA